AGAACACGUAUGCUUUCAGUUGUUUACAUAUAUGCUCACAGAAUUGUUUCAUCUUUUUGAGAACAUCAGCUACCAUACACAACUUCAAACACUGUUAUGAUGAACGAGACGAUGCAGAAGGCACAUCAUUCUCCAAGGGAAAGCAGCCUAGUGAUACCUUCGUCUGACCUCGCUGCUGCUGCAUUACUGCUGCUGCUGCUUCAGCUGCUCUCCAUGGCCACCUCCACCAUCGCAUGCCUUGAGCAGGAGAAGCGCUCUCUCCUCCAGUUUCUUGCUGGGCUAUCGCAAGACGAUGGCAUCUCCAUGUCUUGGCGGAACGGCACAGAUUGCUGUGCAUGGGAAGGCGUCACCUGCAGUAGAGACGGUGUGGUCACUGAGGUCUCUCUUGCUUCUAAAGGCCUUGAAGGGCAGAUCUCACCGUCACUGGGAGAGCUCACCAGCUUGUCGCGUCUCAACCUGUCAUACAACUCACUCUCUGGUGCCUUACCGGAGGAGCUGAUGUCCUCUGGCAGUAUCGUUGUCCUUGAUGUCAGCUUCAACCGCCUCAACGGGCACCUGCAAGAGCUGAAUUCAUCAGUAUCGGAGAGGCCAUUGAAGGUACUGAAUAUCUCAAGCAACAGGUUUACAGGAAAGUUUCCAUCCACAUGGGAGAAAAUGAGGAACCUGGUUGCAAUCAAUGCGAGCAACAACAGUUUUACUGGGCACAUAACUUACUCUUUCUGCAUCAGCUCACCAUCCUUCGCUGUGCUUGAUGUUAGCUACAAUCAGUUCAGUGGCAACAUCCCCCGCAGAAUAGGCAACUGCACUGCCCUGAGAAUGCUCAAGGCUGGUCACAACAACAUCAGCGGGGACCUCCCGGAUGAUCUCUUCCGUGCCAUAUCAUUAGAGUACUUCUCUUUUCCUAACAAUGGAUUGCAAGGAACAAUUCAUGGUGCAUUGAAGCUCAGAAAUCUAGUUUUUCUUGAUCUAGGGGGAAACAAAUUCAGUGGCACAAUCCCAGAUUCUAUAGGCCAGCUGAAGAGGCUAGAAGAGCUUCACAUGGAUCAAAACAACAUAUCUGGGGAGCUGCCAUCAUCCUUGAGCAAUUGCACAAAUGUUGUAACCAUCAACCUCAGAAGCAACAAGUUAACGGGCGAGCUUGCAAAGGUUAACUUCUCCAACCUAACCAAUCUGCAAGCUUUAAGUCUUUCCUCGAAUCACUUCACUGGCACAAUUCCAGAAAGCAUCUACUCAUGUAGUGAUUUAACAUGGUUGGGAUUAUCUUUCAAUAAGCUUCAUGGUCAGUUGUCAGAGAAAAUACAGAAUUUGAAAUUUCUUACUUUUGUUUCUCUUUCCUACAACAAUUUUACAAAUAUCACAGGUUCACUUUACAUACUCAAGAACUUAAGGAACGUCACUAACUUGCUAAUUGGGAGAAAUUUCAUGCAUGAAGCUAUGCCAGAGGAAGAAACUAUUGAUGGUUUUGAGAAUCUUCAAGGUCUUGGAAUAAAUGAUUGUGCACUGACUGGAAAAAUACCUAGUUGGCUUUCAAAGCUCAAAAAUUUGGAAAUUCUAUUUUUAAACAACAAUCAACUCAGUGGACCAAUACCAACCUGGAUCAGUAGCCUAAACUUCCUUAAGAGUUUAGACAUAUCUAAUAAUAACCUUACGGGGGAAAUACCAAAAGCACUGAUAGAGAUGCCAAUGCUAAAAUCAGACAAGAUUGCAGACCACUCGGACCCAAUAUUCUUUCGAAUACCAAUUUAUGUAAAUCCAUCUCUACAGUACCGCACAGCUACUGCAUUCCCUAAAGCAUUGAAUCUAGGUGACAACAAAUUAAGUGGUGUGAUCCCCAUGGAGAUAGGUCAGUUGAAAGCACUCUCUUCACUCAACUUGAGCUUCAACAACUUAAAUGGGGAGAUCCCAGAAUCGGUCAGCAACCUCAAAAAUCUGAUGGUCCUAGACCUGUCUUACAACCAUCUGACAGGUGAAAUCCCUUCCGCACUGGUGAACCUGCACUUUCUUUCUGAAUUCAUCAUCUCUUACAAUGACCUUGAAGGUCCUGUACCUAUUGGAGGUCAGUUCAGUACAUUUCCAAGAUCCAGUUUUGCUGGAAACCCAAAGCUAUGCAGCCCAAUGCUUGUACAGCAUUGCAAUUUGGCAGAAGCAGCUCCAACCUCCCCUAUCUCCACAAAGCAGUAUAUCGACAAGGCCGUCUUUCUGAUUGCAUUUGGUGUGUUCUUUGGAGUAGGUCUACUAUAUGAUCAGACAAUCAUGUCCAGGUAUAUUGGGCAAACCAGUUAA